AUGGCCGACGAAUUGGAUUACCUCUAUCCAGACUUUGAUCUAACGACACUUACCGUCCCCCGUCUCCGAUCCAUCCUCGUCAACCACGACAUCGCCUACCCUGCCUCAGCGAAGAAGGCCCAACUGAUCGGCAUCCUCCAAGAUGAGGUCCUCCCCCAAGCGCGCAAGAUCCUUCGCGACCGCGAACGGGUCCGACGUACAAGUGCUGGAAUCACAGAUAUGAGCAGCCGCGAGAACUCCGUGGCUAGCGACGCGAACGACAGGGACUCCAUGCCUCCACCAGCGACACCGUCGUCGGUCGCAUCUACAAGUCGUGGACAGCGGGGCACAUCGCGACGCAGCACCCGGCAUUCGACGGCUGACUUCGACGAUGGAACUGCCCCGGCUACUCCUGUCGCCGCUAAGAGCUCGAAGCGGACAAGUGUUGCUCGAUCAGUGGGCAAGCAUGCUCGCGCCUCCGACACGGAAACCAACGACGACAUGCUGGCUACCCCGGUUGCUGCUGGUCGUGGCUCGCCUCGGAAAUCUACGGCGCGGAAGGUCCGACGUAGUGAAGUUCUGCCUUCUACUGAGGCCGACGACUACAUUCCUGGUAUCAAAUCGGAACCUCACGAUGAAACUGGGUUCACGAAUGACAAUCCUUUCCAAAGUGGCAGCCCUUCUGAAACUCCUAGGAGCACUCGGGCGAGCUAUGAUGGUAGACGGAAGAGUGCUUCGCGCUUAUCUACUGAAAGCCCGGCUCGGGGUCGUGGGCUUCGGUCUCGGAAGUCUGCUACUCCUUCUAGCUUGAAGCAGGAGGAUGGGUACCAUGCUCCUAAGCGGGAAUCAUUUGAUUUUAUUUCUAAAUUGCAGCCCCCGCAGGAGGAAAGCGGAGAAGAUUCUGAAGAGGAAGAGGACGAGGAAGAUAGUGACAUGAGCGCCGGCGAAGAAUUCACACCUGAAGAGCAGCUCGCCAUGGAGAAUGAACAGUAUGCGCCGCAGAUCCAAGUCAGACGGCGCCCCCAGAAGCAGGGAGCCGUGGCCCGGAUAGCUCCUUGGCUUGUAAUUCUCUUGCUGGCCGGCAGUUUCGGGGCCUGGUGGCGCCGUGAGAAGCUUGAGAUUGGGUACUGCGGCCUUGGAAAGCCCACCUGGUCACUAGCCGAGACCAAAGUUCCCGAGUGGGCUAAUGUGUUGGAACCUCGAUGCGAGCCGUGCCCGAGCCAUGCCUUCUGCUACCCAGACUUUGAGGUCCGCUGUGAGAAUGAUUUCCUCCUCAAGCCCCAUCCUCUAUCCUUGGGAGGCCUUGUUCCCCUGCCACCAACAUGUGAACCCGACAGCGAAAAGGCGCGCCGUGUGAAGGCCGUCGCUGAUAAAGUCGUUGAGGAGCUCCGCGAGCGCCGUGCCAAGUGGGAAUGUGGUCAGCUGAAGGAAGAUGGCAAGGAUGCUCGUUCUCCUGACAUCAGCGAGACCGACCUCAAAGAAGAAAUUGCUAAGAAGCGCCGCAAGGGCUUGAGUGACAACGAGUUCGAUGAGCUCUGGAAGGGCGCAAUUGGAGAAGUCCUGGACAAAGAUGAAGUUGUCAGCAAGACCAAGCAACCUUCCGGUGACCUCGUCCUCUCCUCUACCUCCAUCGCACGCCUCCCCAUCACAUGUGCUAUCCGCCGUCACUUCCGACUCGCUCUCGUCGCGUAUCGACUCCCUAUUUCACUUCUAAUUUUGGUCAUCGGUCUCAUCGGCUAUGCACGCGCGCGUGUCUUAGCCCGCCGCUCUGAUAUUGCCCGUGUACCAGAGCUGGUCGCUACGACGCUCGACCGUCUUUCCACCCAAGCUGCACUUUAUGCCCACGGCAACGCCAAAGAGCCCUACAUUGCGAUUGGCCAACUUCGAGACGAUGUCCUUCGCUUUGAGCUUCGAGGCAAGCGCCGCGAGGAGCUAUGGCGUCGUGUCCAAAGUUUUGUUGAAGGCAACGCCAAUGUCCGCGCUGCCGUCCGUGAAGGACGUAGCGGCGAUGUUUCCCGAUCCUGGGAGUGGAUCGGUGGGAUCAACACCGUCAGUUCUCCGGAGCCGACUUCCCGCCCAGAGAGUACACGCUUUUCCCUUGGUUCGCCGUCUGAUAAUACUGCCGUGAACCCUCAUACCCCAUCGGGCGAAAUCAAAGCGGAGCCCGUUUCGAGUCCGAGAGAAUCCCGUCGUUGGGACGAGGGUCGUCCGAUCUACUGA